UACUCAUUGGAAGUUUACGAGUUAUCUCGCUGUGUUUAUAUUUAAUUUUUAUGUCCUGUAGGUGCGCUUACAGGACAUAAGGUACGAAACGGAGAAGAUAAGCACACUUCUUCAGGGCGGUAGCAGCAAAUGAUGAGUCAUUUACAAUCGUACCAAUCUAUUGAAUAGUUCGUGCAACUGCUACCGGACCAUUGACAAACAUCGGAGAGAACCAUGGAACUCCGCGAGUGGACUCCGCUGGUAGAUCUGGUAGGUAAGCUACCGACUAGUGUGCAACGUGGUCUGUUGUUUCACGAUGUCUCGAUCACUUGUCUCGAUUUGGUGGAUGAAUUCAUUGCACUUGGAACCAACGUCGGAAUCGUGUUUUGGUACAAUCGGAAAACAUGUGCUGUGGAUCGCUUGCAAGUUGAGGGAUCCGGUUAUCUGACCUGUGUUCGGAUUAUUUCUACAGUUGAAUUCAUGGUUGCAGCAGGAUGCCGACAGGGUUGGAUUAAUAUAUUUCAAGUUCCCAAAGAAGCUCCACCGGACGUUUGCGCUGAGCUGCUGCUUAAAAGCAAACCGACUGAACGGUACACAAUUCGCGGCAUCCAUCAUUCAGCGAUAACCAGUUUUGUGUGGUCUAAAAAUGGAAUGAAACUUUUUUCCGGUGAUGGCUCUGGAAUGGUAGUUCUAACGGAGAUCAACUAUCAGUCUCGGAUUUGCGAAUCAAAGGAAAUCGUCAACGAGAAGUACGAAGUUGUGCAGCUAAGCCUGCGAAAGGAGUACUUGCUCGUUUCCACCACCUACCGGACUGUGGUCUGCACUCAGGAGGAUGCCAGCAAAUGGCGCGUCACACAGGUUGGCAAGAAAGACCGCAAGAUGUUGAGUUCUUUUGGGGCAACAUUUCACUUCUAUCAAAAAAUACCUCAGCUAGUCUGUACGCGAUCAGGGUUUCGGCUGUGGAUAGCCAAUUUUGAGGGCGAAGUCGCACAAACGCUUAUUUUUAAGGACAUUAUUAGGAGCGUAUCCUACGAGGUUCCUAUUCUAAAUCCUAGUCGGCAUCCGAUACGUAUACCAACAACGUUUGGGAUACUGCAUACAUUCCAGGAUAAGUAUCUGCUGUCUGUGGCGAACGAUAUGUUGUUCGUGCUGGACUUGGAUGCUAUGGAGGUAGUAGCAUCAUUAACUCGAUUACGAAGAAUUCUCGAUAUAUCAGUUAACAAGAAUGAGAUUCUAAUUCUGGAAAGCUCUCGGUCUGUAAUUCGUGUGUCCACACUGCCGGACAGCAGUCAGACGACGAUAUUGUUUAGGAAUGCUGAGCUGUUUGCCUCAGUCGAUCGAGACAGUCAGAUCGCUGUGGCGGAUGAGUGUCUCGAAGAACAAGAACCGCUAUCGGACACAGCAUCCGGUAGUUCCAAAUAUGGUGGUACAGAUUCCGUUGACACUGGACAGCCGCUAGAGCAGAGUCUCUCGAACAGCACUGACAGUGCACACCAAAUAAUUACUCACAUGAAAAAACUAGAGUUGUUUGAUACGCUAAACGAGCUGAAAUAUGACGAAUCAAUUCUGUUCAAAAGCGGACGGACGAAAGCGAAGCGGAAGCACACCACAAAGAUCAAUCCCAUUGUGGAGAUUGGACAAAUUCCAAAGGAGUGCGGGGAAAUGGACGAUAAGAAACAAGGAAGCAAAUGAAGGAAUUGGUUUUUGAUGACUAGGCUUAAAGCAGUCUUAUUUUGUUUUCUAUUGAACUGUGAAUUGUUAUUGCUUACGCUUCUGUAUGCUUUAGGAUAUUGUGAUUGAAUUUAUGAUUAGGGGUGCGCAUAGGCUCGAUAUUAUGUUUUAAAUGAAUCAAAGUUUUUUUGUUCAAACAUAA